AUGGUCUUCAUGCUGUGUACAAUUGCAGUGAGGAAAUACUCUACAUUGUGUUUACUGGAGGUGUCUUCACUGAAUGAAAACUGCAGACAGGAGUAUUAUGCUUCACUGGAAUUACCUCCAGCAGAUCCUAUUGACUGCCCUAGAAUCAUAAGAGGAGAUGUGGAAGCUAUAGACCAAGCAUUGAUUGACAGGGUGCUUGUUAAAAAAAGACAAGCUCCAAUAACUGAAGAACAAUAUUUGAGGUUGACCAAAGACUGCAAGAUGUACAAGAAAAUUCGGAAAUUUAUUACCUUUCCGCUAAGUAAAAAGGAGGAAGAUUUUCCAAUUGCUUAUUCCAUGGUGGUCCAUGAUAAGAUUGACAUGUUUGAACGUCUCUUGAGAGCGAUUUAUGCACCUCAGAACAUUUAUUGUGUCCAUGUGGAUGAUAAAUCUCCAGAUAUCUUUAAGGAGGCAGUAAGAGCCAUCACCAAUUGCUUUGACAAUGUGUUUGUCGCUUCUAAACUGGAGAAAGUGGUCUACGCAUCAUGGUCCAGGGUGCAAGCAGAUCUGAACUGCAUGGGAGAUCUUCUGAAUAGUAAAGUUAAGUGGAAAUAUCUCUUAAACACAUGUGGGACUGACUUCCCAUUAAAGACCAAUGCUGAAAUUGUAAAAGCGCUUCAUUUAUUACAGGGAAAAAAUAGCAUGGAAUCUGAAAAGACCCCAGAGGGUAAAAUCGCUCGCUGGACAUAUCAUUUUGAAGUAGAUACAGAUAUACAUGAAACUGACACCAAAAAGAGUCCACCUCCUGACAAUGUUAAGAUGUUUUCAGGAAAUGCUUAUAUUGCAAUCACAAGAGACUUUGUCAAAAGCCUGUUUAAUAAUCCCCAGGUGAAAAAAAUUAUUGAAUGGGAGAAAGACACAUAUAGUCCUGAUGAACAUCUGUGGGCAACUUUGAAUCGAAUGCCUGGGGUGCCGGGUUCUGUACCCUCCCACCAAAAAUAUGACACUUCUGAUUUACUUGCAAUAGCAAGACUAGUAAAAUGGCAAGACCAUGUUGGAAAUGUCAAUGAAGGGGCACCUUAUUCUCAAUGCACAGGAACCUACCAACGAGGUAUCUGUAUUUAUGGUGUUGGGGACUUGCCAUGGAUUGUACAACAGCAUCACCUGUUUGCGAAUAAGUUUGAUUCUCUGGUUGAUAACAAUGCAAUACAAUGUCUGGAACAAUACCUAAGGCAUAAAGCUCUUUAUGGCGAAGAACCAUAACAACAUUUCAGAUGUUUAUUUCAAAGCUCUUUAUAUAUGCAUUUAUAUUUUUUACAUUUAAAUUAA